AUGGCUGCAUCUCUGGUGUUCCGGCUACAUGACAGAGGCCCAGAGGUGGUGAGGGAGGUGCUUUUGGAGCGAGGAUGGGAGGAAUACGAUGAGGAGGAACGGGAGGAGGAGGACUGGAACCUCUACUGGCGGGGCUCCGGAUUUCGCAACUCAGAGUAUCACAACCUGUUGCCAUGGCAGCGCCUCAACCACCAUCCCAAGACUGCCGGCCUCACGCGCAAGGACUGCUUGGCGCGCAACCUGAGGAGAAUGAAGGCCACACUCGGCUCGGCUCUCUAUGACUUCAGUCCCACCGCCUUCAUCCUCCCCAACGACUACACCCGCUUCCUGGCUGAAUACAACAAACUGCGUGUGACCAGAGGACCGUCGGUCUACUGGAUAUGUAAGCCGGUGGAUCUCUCCAGAGGCAGAGGGAUCUUCAUCUUUGAGGAUAUUAAGGACCUGGUCUACGACUGCUCCGUGAUCGUGCAGAGGUACAUCAGCAACCCUCUGCUGAUCUCCGGCUACAAGUUCGACCUGAGGAUCUACGUGUGCGUGAAGAGCUUUCACCCGCUGACCGUCUACGUUCACCAGGACGGCCUGGUGCGUUUCGCCACCGAGAAGUACAACCUGUCGUCUCUGCACAACCUGUACGCUCAUCUCACCAACACCAGCAUCAACAAGUUCGGUCCCUUCUACAAAACCGAAAAAGGGAGAGUCGGCCAAGGAUGCAAGUGGACCAUGAGCAAGUUCAGGCAUUUUCUCCACAGCCAAGACAUCGACGAGCUCCUUCUGUGGCAGAGGAUCAACAACAUCGUCACUCUGACCCUCCUCGCCGUGGCUCCCUCGGCCCCCUCCUGUCCAAACUGCGUGGAGCUGUUCGGCUUUGACGUCCUGGUCGACGUCAAGUUCAAACCCUGGCUGCUGGAGGUCAACUACAGCCCCGCGCUGACUCUGGACUGCCAGGCCGAUAUUACGGUGAAGAAAGCACUAAUCAGCGAUCUGAUUGAUUUGAUGAACUACACGCUGACUGACAGCCUGAGAGAGAGAGCUUAUCAGAGGCACGAGUCCAGCUUCCAUGCUAACCACCCCUCACAUGCUAAACCUGAGCUCUCGAAGGUUAAAGAAGCCAAAUUUCAGAAGCGAAGGAGUGGCCACACCUCGCAGACGCUCCCUCUGCUGAAGAGUCUUUGUCAGCGGGAAAAGACGGACCGCAGACAGUCCAGACAGCCAUUUGUACCUGGCUACCACCCACUCCUUCCCCCUGUUGUCUUACAUGCAGCCAGGGGCAGAAUAAUUAACACCGCAGCGACAGAAACCCACACUGACAAGACGCUGAACCUGAUCCUCGGCCCACACUCAAGGACAAACGUGUUGGCGGUCAACAGACAGACGCGUCCAGCUCUCGCACGGCGGCUGAUGGACAGUCUCCACGUGUCUGAGGUUACAAACCGUGACGACACCGAAACAGAAGCUGAGACGGCGCUCUCAGCAGAGACGGACGUUUCCUCUUCGAUACGUGAUAUCCCACAGAGGAGGCUGGGAUUCGGGUGUCCCGCUCCGUCCAGGAAGCUCCCGAACAUUUACAGUGGGAAUCACAGGCCGGCGAAGCUUCCUCUGGACCGAACCGUGGCGAUGAACAGACAACACGUUCCUCCGCUCAGAGUCGGGGGCUUCGUACGGACCUUUCCCUUUAACGCAGCCACCCUGAAGGCCUCGCUGCACGAGCUGGACGUCCGGACCGUCGCACAGGAGCUCCACAAGCUGACUGCUCAGUUGGCCGCCUCAGAGGAGGCGGUGAAGGAGGACACAAAUGGCGAGGAAGACUUCGAUUCACUGUUGUGGGGGCCGGAGGAUCCUCCAUUACUCAGUCAACACGUCAGACCUCCCUAG